UCCGUUAAUUUGUGAUUUCAUAGAUGUUCGGUCAGUGUCUUUAUUUGUCAUGUGAUGUGCAGUUCCGGGUGAUUUUAAAAUGAUAUUUGUUGGGCCAAAAAACCUGUCCGCAAACUCUGUCCAAAACAACGGAAACGAGGACAAUACAUUUCCUGAAAGCCGGUGGAGGCUGUCAAAAUUAUUAUAUUGAUUUGAAAUCUUAAAUUGAAUAUAUUGACUCGAUUAUGCAAAACGCGCGCAAACCGUAAGGAGCAAUUUGAUCAGCGGUUUCAUUCUAUAGUCAAUGCGCGUGAGUUUUAAAAGUUGACGAAAGAACUUUUGAUCAAAAAUCGGCGAAAAAGACGUUAUUUGUGCUCGAAAAUUAUGAAUAUUCGUACUUUUGAGUCGACUAAAAGUUUCAAUUAUGUUUUCUAGUCAGUAUUCCAACAAUAUUCUAUAAAAUGUCUGUUUUCUUGGCUGUAUUUUUGGCACUUUUUCUUUGUAAUAAUUUCAAAGAGAGUGUUUCAGACGUCCUYGCUAAAAGYAGUUUACAAAUUUGUGAAAAUACUGGWGACAGUGAAGAUCCUUAYAACGUGGUUGACCAGAAAGCCUGUCAGAAGAAGCUUAUAGUAACAUUGUCUGUACGCAGUGGCCAGAAUGGUACAGAGUUCCUUAAGACAGUUACUAAUGUCAGCAAGGUUUACGAUCAGACAGAGCAAGAAAUGGCAAGACUUUACAAUCCAUUUGUGAUCACUUUAGCCAAGACACCAGUAACCCUAACCUACCCAUACUACUACCUUGGGACCGUCAAUAACAAGCCUAAAGAGGAAGUAGUAAUACGCGAAGGCAARGCAUGGCUUGCAUCAGGGUCCUACCACGCUUGCAGUGACGCAUGGGGCGAUGARCAUGCUGCUUGUGGAUUCGCUAAAGAUCAGAGUGGAAAACCUAUUUGGGAUAGUCAGGGAUUUUGUUGUCGRUGUACWGAGCAAGAAAAGUGGCGAGGUUCGUUCAAUGACAAGAACCCAUAUWCACGAGGUGGCAUUCAAUGUAAGGUGUUUGGAGACCAAGCAUCCGCUCAUUGUAUGAAAUAYGAUGAUUUAUGGUAUACUGUAAACGAGAUUGGCUUAUGGCAAAUGGACUUUAGUAUCCACGUAAAAGCAUACGACCAAGUUAUCAAAAAAGAGAAYAACAAGACAACAACAAAAUGGGUUGACGGCGGCGAGAUUAUUAUUGGUCCAACUAUACGAUCUGGUCGUGGAAAGUAUGACAGGAUAUUUGCAACAUUUAUUGGUGAAUUCCAGUCUCACAAACAGUUUCCAGUGCUGAGUACCAARUAUCUCCUUAUUCCUUACGCCAGCGACAAGAUUGAUCCCAAAACACAUCCUCAGUUUCGAAAUGGUCCCCAUGACUACCUAAUGGUCGAUAAACACGAAGUGAACUUCAGGUCUACCGGUCCACAUGAAUGUGACAAGAUUGGUGUKACGUACUCGGCGUUUAGAGCCCAGGCUCCWAUGGGAUGCAGUCAGAAACAACAAGCCUGUCUUAACAAUCAGCCAAAAGACUACUUUAACUGGGACAAGAAACGUCGUGACAAUGGCCAAACCCCGCGGUACUUUCCAGCCAAGUACGGUAAAUUACUUGGAGUCAAGAAAAACAUGGAUACCAGUAACUUUGUACUUACAUACGAGGUUGAUGAGGUUAUGACGAGUAUGGUAACACUGCAGAUUAGCGCUGAUGACAUCAUCCUCAUUUAUAACAGGGCAACUGGUAAGAUACUGCGAUCCUACGCGCAGGACUUCCAAGCUAUGUCACGUGACGGAAACCUCUACGUGGUAAUACAGAACACAGGAUUAGUGACAGCUGAUUUCUAUGUUGUAGUUCGUGAUUGUUCAGUUGGAAUUCUUAAACUUCUUGAGAAAUCGGCGUCCAUCAACCCUCAGCAGACACACACCUUUAUGUUCCAUGUCAAAGCUCAGCAAUGGAAGGGCGGCAAUAACUUCUGCGUCACUCAGUUGUACGAUGCUCGACGUAAGUUGAUUGACAGUUCUAAUGUGACGUUCAAGACCACUGCWCCUUGUGUGUGUGCUACUAGUUGCGGGUGUAGUUGUUUUAAACAAGGCUUUAAGUGUGUAGAGCGUAAGAUCAAAGGGACGACCAAAUUCAAACCUAAGGAAACUGGAGUAGACCUUGGUUUCUUCCCCAAGCUAUGGAAUGGCAUCAAAAACGURUUCAAUAAAAUCAAAUCAAUGUGGGAUUUCCUGGCAGAUUUCCAGACACUCAUCAUUCUCGCUACCAGUCUCCUGUCACUCGGUGGUCUCAAGGCYUUGAUUGGGAUGAGGAAGGCAGCGGUAUCUCGGUUUGGUAUGGGUGCCAUGACAACACGACGACGUAACAGGGCAGGGCAAAUGGUUGUCAUGGAGUACAAUGACGCAGGAGAUGGUGUCGAUCCUGACACGAGGGAGGUAAUUGAACCACGAAACAAAAAACGAGAAAUUUUCUUUAACUUGUUUUUCUUCUUCAUCCUGCCAUUUCUAUUGAUUCAUCGUCUAGUGAAGUACAUACGCGGGCGUCUGUAUCCAGAACCUGUCCAGUAUGAAGAGGUUGAAGAGGGCUCAGACACAACAAUCCAUGGGUCUGAUGACGCGGCCAGUGAUGAGGAUUCUAUCGACCGAUUCACAGCUCUAAACACAAUCGUUUAUCAUACGUACUUCAAGAAUGAUUACGUGACUCAAUUCAUUAAAAAUCCUGGUGACGAGUAUUGUUUGGCGGGCAAGAUUACMUCAAUCCCAGGCACUUCAACCACACAGUAUAGAUUUGAUUUACUACAAGCCGAGCAGAUAUAUGAAGUCAAAAAUGGCAAGCGCAAGAGUUUACCGUCAAGUAGUCCACUCAAUCCACAUUAUUUCUCRCAAUUACUUAACGCUGCAACCAUGAAGGACUGUCUUGCACUACAACCAAGGUCGCCAUGUUUAAACAUGAAAUAAUUGCGUYACACGAUGAUUCUACUCAACUCAUGAAUGUAUUUUAUUAGAGCUGAAUUAAUAAGCAUCUACAAAGCUUUUUUUAAACUUUCAAUGGAAAAUCUCCAAGUUACAAGCGGUAAUGUAUGCACGGUGCAG